UAUAGACAUAUAGUCAACUGUUACAUUAUUUCAAGUCCUGGAAUAGUUGAUGGCCUGAAGCUAAAGGGUUUGCAUAAAGGCAGAGGUCUAUUGUUGCUUGUUGAAAUGAUCUCAGCCGGUAACUUUGCAACAGGAGACUACACUGCAGCAGUAGUCAAAAUUGCUGAACAACAUUCCAAUUUCGUUGUUGGUUUUAUUUCUGUUAGUCCGGCAUCUUGGUCUGGAGCGCCAGCCGCCAGUCAAUCCGAUAUUUAUCUAGGCCACACCUGGAGCCCAAAUGGUGGAAGGUUUUUGGCAGUACAAUACCCCAUAUUCUGUAAGUUACCCUUGGAAAACUUACUUCUUUCCCAAGAAUCCGUAGCAGUUACAAUGCCAAUAGUGGUUUCGCUGGACUCCGGAGGCUUCGCACGGCACUACCCACCGCCAUCUCACCGCCUCUCACCGCUUCCUCCUCCGGCCGGGGCUUUCUUCUCGUCUUCAUGUAGCUCUGUUCCUUGCAGCCAGCAAAGGGUGCUCAGAGUCUCGAGUUUUUCGCCAUCUUCUGGCCCUCGUUGA